AAACAUGCCUUCGCAUCAGGAGACUUUCUGUUCGACGGAAUCUCGAUAUUUCUUGAAAAAUACCUGGAAAAUGAGUGUUUCGAUUUGUUAAAGAAUAAAACAUUGGCAAAUAUACCUGAUGGUUUUAUUUUCAAAAGGUGCCAUCUUUUCUACAUACAAGUGUUUUGAAUGUACACAAAUGAAACCUGUUCUGGAAUUUAUAUUUUUUUGUCUACAUUAUGUUACCAAGGACGCGUAAUAAUACCUACAUAGGUUUUGACAUUUACAGCACCAGCAUACGGCAGAAACAGUUUGUAUCAUGAAUGCUUGGAACCUGGAGAACAAUAAUAAUAGCAGAAUGUGCCGGGUUUAUUGCAGAAUGAGUGGAUUGUAAUACAUCAUACGGAGCAGAAUGCUUAAAGUUCUUGGAAACAUUUGUAAAUGUGGGGAAAUCGGAGUUGCUUCGAGACCAAAGGUCUCGGACGAGGAGACGAUGCUGCCGCCAUCCCCAAACGGCACCUACACUGGUUCUCUGUCGCCGCCAAGUUCCCCCGGAGCCCCGUCCUUGCCCAGCUCAAACGGCUCCCAUGAAUCGCCACCUGAAGUGAUCAGACUCUCCACCCAGCAGUUAGGACAAGCGCCACCAUUACACCCAAAGUUAUGCGCCAAGCGUAGCAGCUCGAGGACUAGAGAGGACAAUGCCUCGGCAGUAAGAACAGAAAAUAGGAUUCUGAGCGAGUCAUGUGACGUGAGAAGGUACCUGAUAGACAGAAAGCGUCUCCUCACCCAGCAGAACGACACCUCCGUCAUGGAGGAAAAGGACACAAUCAUAAGACUGAUCACGAUUCUUGAGGCUCUACAGAGCGACUACGAGAGACUUUGCCAAGAGCUGGGUGAUCUUAAUCACACGAGAGAAAUCUUAGAAGAUCGAACAGCCAGUCAGGAGAAUGAGAUUGAAACCUUGAAAAAUGAAAGCACACAGAGAGCUAAAGAUCUGGCCGAGGCGAGCAAAACUGUCGCACAUCUGAGCAAAGAGUUGGAAAGAAACAGGUCCUCUCGCACAUCAAGACAUUUCCGAUCAAUGAAAAAAUUCUCAUCGGCAGCAGAUAUGGCGAAACUAAAGUUCAGCAUGACAGAGGAAGUUCUAGUCCAGUCCCCAAUGGAUGAAAAUAGCUGUAGAAUCACAGGAUGUGUGCUUGUCACCCCUACCACGAUGGCUGUGGCCGAUUGCAACAACAGCGCCGUCAAAAUUGUAGACAUCCAGAACAACAGUAUUGUAAGAUAUUUCAGACUAUGCGCCGCGCCCUGGGAUGUUACAAUUCUACCCAAUGAUGAAAUUGCAGUGACUUUGCAAUUGAAGAAAUUUGUUCAAAUCAUUGCGUUGGACUCUAGGAAUCAAGAAGUAUUUCUCAAAGUCGAUGGUGAUUGUCGGGGCAUUGACUACGUUCACAAGCUACGAGCACUGGUAAUAACAUUUGUUGACCCGGAAAAGGUGGAACUGAUUGAUCUGCAAGGUACUCCGUUGAAAACGUUCUCAUUUCACAACGGCGAGGCUAUGUUUCUACGUCCGCAUUACGUUUGCUGUUCGAAUACGGAAGAUCUCGUGUUCGUUUCUGAUACUUUAAAGAAUACGGUCACAAAACUGUCUUUAGCUGGCGAAGUGUUAGGUGUAUACAGUGAUAGAGAAAUGACAGAGCCUGAAGGUGUUUGUUCCACGAGUGAUGGGGGCUUUCUUGUCAGCAGUUAUAGCAAGAAUUUGAUACAGCUGGUGUCUAAAAACUUUGAAAAAAUCGAAAAUAUUCUCACAGAUAUGGACGGUAUAGAAGGUGUCCAAACUAUGCAUUUUGAUCUUAAAAACUGUAAAAUCUAUGUAGCUUUAUACAAAAACAACGUGAAAGUUUUCUCACCGUCAGGAAAAUAGAUUAAUGUUUAUCUCAAACGCGAUUCGAAUAAUAUGACCAGAACUAAAAACUUCGAAUCUAAAUUAUAUGCUUGCCGGCACCUAGCAAUAAAAUACUCCAUCACCACUAA